AUGUACACAUUAUUUAUAGUAUCGAGUAUAUUUCUUUCAUUUAUUAAUGGUGGUUUAACCAUCGAUUGUCCAAAUAUACCAUCAAAAUGGUGUGAAACAAAAGAAAUUGCUCAAGCUUGUGGUGUAACUGAACAAUGUACAACAUAUGUUUGGAAAACUCGUGUGGAAAAUGAACUUGUAAAUUUAUCGAUUUAUUAUGAAACACUUUGUCCUGAUUGUAGACAAUUUAUAACAACACAAGUAUGGAAUACAUAUCAAUCAAUACUUGAUAUUGUUAAUAUAACAUUUGUUCCAUAUGGAAAUGCAAAAGAAUUAUAUCGACCAGAAACUAAACUCUAUCAAUAUUAUUGUCAACAUGGUGCUGAAGAGUGUUAUGGGAAUUUAAUUCAUGCUUGUGUUAUUAAUUUUUAUCCAAAAACUGAAGAACAUAUGCCAUUUAUUUAUUGUACUGAAUCAACUGAUGGUGAUAUUGAAACAGUUGCAACUCAAUGUGCACAAAAAUCAACAAUUGAUUAUGAUCAAAUUACUGCUUGUACACAUAGUCGUUUAGGUAAUCAAUUACAACAUGCAUAUGCUGUUCAAACUGAAAGUCUUCAACCAGCACAUCAAUAUGUACCUUGGAUAACACUCAAUGGUGAACAUACAGAAGAUAUGCAAAAACAAGCUGAAAAAGAUCUUAUUGGCCUUAUUUGUAAAUCAUAUAAAGGAUCUGAUCCACCUGCUCAAUGUAUGAAAAAUCUCUAA